CCAGAAGCUCAUUAAACGUGUGGUGUACCUUGGCUAAUCCUUCUCUGCUCUGCUGCAAGAAGAAAAACUGAAGGAGAAUCCAAUCGUCCUUCAAAAAUUUCAAGGAUAAUUGCCAUGGCGGGUGUUGACAUCUUGAAGCUAUCACUUCUCUUCAACCUGCUUUCUGUCUCAAACUUUGGCAAUCUGUGGCCUGAAACUAACCAGCGCCAUGUAAGUGAAUACCCACCUUCAUGCACCCGCAUAGAAUGUCCUACCUACCAACUCAUUCACGUCGGCAAUGGCUUCGAGAUUCGUCGCUAUAACUCUACUGUCUGGAUCUCAACUUCCCCAAUUCAGGACAUCUCUCUUGUUGAAGCCACCAGAACUGGAUUCUUACAGCUGUUUGAUUACAUUCAGGGGAAGAACAAGUACCAAGAGAAAAUAGAGAUGACAGCUCCAGUGAUAACUCAAGUUGCACCCAGUGACGGACCCUUCUGUGAAUCUUCUUUUGGUGUCAGCUUUUAUGUCCCAAAACUAAACCAAGCAAACCCACCUCCUGCUAAGGGUCUCCAUGUCCAGAGAUGGAAACCUACAUAUGCUGCAGUGAGGCAAUUCGGUGGCUUUGUCUCAGAUUCUAAUGUUGGAGAAGAAGCUGCUGCUUUGAAAGCUAGUCUUGAAGGCACUGAGUGGCUUAAAGCCAUUGAGAAAAGCCGGGUAGAUCAUGCCGCCUAUACAAUAGCUCAGUAUAAUUCUCCCUUUGAGUUUGAAAAUAGGGUGAAUGAAAUCUGGAUGUUAUUUGAGCUGGAAGAUUAAAUUGUCGUUUGAGAAGAAAAGGGUUUUGCCUGGUGAAUAAAUUGAGGCCUUUUCUUUGGUUAUGUAUACAAGUUCGUGCCACUAAAUAUAUCCUGCUUGUAGUAUUGAAUAAAAUAUUACUCUUUCCUGUUGUUGUAGUUUUC